AUGGAAAUCCUCCGCGAGCCUCCCAAGACCUCAUCCUUCGUCCCUCUCAUAGAGCAUCAGUCUGCUACGCCCGCCUCGUUCUACACCGGACCACCAGUCCUCCACUACUACAGCGACCGCAGCAAACUCAUUGUCCUGGAACAGGAAGCCGGCUCUAUUCCAGCAUUCGCGCCGUUACUGGAGCAUUCCAGCUCUCAAGGACAACCCCAGCAGCCUCAUGCUAAUGGCACUGAGGCCAACGGAGAUAGCGAAGCGAGAGGGAAGCAAAGAGUCGUCGACAAUGUGGACGUAUGGGUGACUUCAGACAAGGUCUUCUUCUACUCAAAUGAUGCAAACGCAGGCCUCUCAAUCCCGUACCCCUCCAUCUCCCUCCACGCAAUCCAAUCCCUUCCACAACCCUCGCCCGGUGAACAACAAGGUCUAUACAUGCAGAUAAUUUCAUUCCCCUCCCCAGAGAGCAUCGCGCAAGACGAAGAUUCCGAACCCGACUCUGUAUCCGUCACGGUGAUCCCGACUGCUUCAGCUCCUCCCCAAGUCGCCUCAACCGCCUCGGGGACCACCGAAGACGGCCUUGAAGGAGAAGACAAACCCGAACAGACGCCCGUGGUAGCCAUGUUCAACGCCCUCUCCACUUGCUCCAAUUUGCAUCCUGACCCAGAGGACGCGGGCGAAGAGGAAGAAAACGGAGCGGGUGGUGGAAGUCGUCUGUUUCGCGCGGGGCUAGCUUUCCCAGGCAGUGCGGAUGGCGGUUUGCCGCCUGUGAUGCCGGGCAGUGGCGGAUGGAUCACGGCGGAGAACAUGCACGAGUAUUUCGACGAGGAGGGAAUCUGGAUUGGCGGCGGCGACCAGGACGAGCAAGAAGAGGAAUGGCGUGACGACGGCGAAGGCGCUGCCACAGACGAGCCUCUGGGUCCUGGCGCUGGCACUGUUCGGCCACGGCAAGAUACAGAGCAAGGUAAGGAGGAUGCAGCGGACGAUGGAGAAACAGAAGAGACGAAGUGGCGGAGAACGUCCUAA